AAAGACAACAAGGACAUCUCACUCACCCACCCUCCUAUUAUUUCGGCCCUAGCAUCAAGUAGGGAGGAAAGGAGUCUCAAAAACAUCAUCUCCACCAGCUCUACUCGAGCUAAGAACAAGGGGAAAGAAGGAAGCAAGAAGAGAGGAGGCUGCCAACCAGUUCGUACAAUUUCAACCCUCGAGAUUGUUCACUUCAUAUCUCACGCAUCUCUUAUCCAAUAAGCUCGAGUAAGGUGUCAUUAGAUAGGUCUUGAAGAGAGCUUUCAUACGAGGUGCUGCACUUAAGGAUACGAGGUGUUUACAGCUCAAAAAGGGCAGAUAAACACACGAGGUCUUUUACCAAGAUAUUAUAGACUUCUCGAGGAAUCUAGGAGUGGCCGGAAAAGUCGCCGGAGCCGCCGGAGUUUUCGCCGGAAAAUUCAAAAGUCGCCGGAGUUCGAACAAAGAAGAUAAAAGCUUGCUAGCGUCAUUUCAAGGUUGAAGCUAGAGCUUACUUCCUGCACCCGUUGCUCGGGAGAUCGAUGGAGAGAAGACGUGGAAUGGGUGGUAGUGAUAGGGCGGUUCGAGGAAAUCCGAGAGGGCGCGCACCGGGGAUAGCCGGGCAAGGCAAUCGGGGGAUAUCAAUGUCGCGUAAGAGGCGAGGUAUGGGCAAUCAAGGCCCACGAACACGAGCCGCGAUGGCUGAUCACAAUGUGACUGAAUUCGAGUCGUGGGACUCGGAGGAUGACUCAACUUAUCACCCUGAAAGCGAGUCAGAUGAAACUUUUUUUGAAGAAAACAGUGGGGAGGAUAUACAUAGUAUUCCUCCUGACCAGGUUAGUGAAAUGCACCGAUGGUACCAACGUGAAAGGGGAAGACAACGACAGGGAUCUCAGGAGGGACAUGUCAGAGGCGAGACUUCUCUCAGGAGGGGUCGGGGUGCUCACAGAGCACAAGUUAGGACAGUCAGGGAUUCUGAUGGUGAAGGACCACUCUUUAAAAUCUCAAAGUAUCUCAAAGAGGCUAGAGCCUUGGGGUGCAAACCAUUUGAUGGGACGGAGGACAUAUCGGAAGCAGCCGAGUGGAUAAAAAGGUUGAAUGAUGCAGCUGAUGACAUGCAGGUGGUCCCUGAACGAAAGUUAAGGGUAGCCACUAGAUUAUUGGAGGGUUUAGCUUCUACUUGGUGGGAAGGCACCAAGGGUAAGUUUGACGGGGUUGUCACGUGGGACAACUUCGAGCAAGCAUUCUAUGAGCAGUUUUACACCUCUUUCGAAGUAAAUCGAAAGAGGAGGGAAUAUAUCGAUCUCAAACAGGGAAAUGAGUUUACGGUGAAGCAACUGGAACAAAGAUUCCGACAUCUGGCAAGGUUCUUGCCUGAAUAUGCCGCAAAUGAGAAUCGAAUGGCAAACCAUUUUUGGAAUGCACUCAAUUUGGAAAUACGCGAAAGGGCGACCUACCAAUUCAACAUGACAUUCAGUCAGGUAGUAGCUCAGGGUCUCCAGGGGGAGGAGCUUUGGAAGGAAAGGCAAGCAAGGGAUGCAAAGGAAGCAGAAGAAAGAGCCCAGGUGAUCAUUCACCCUCCACGACGAGAGGGGAAGUAUGAACUUCAGAGCAAGGGGAACUCUAACAAGUUAGUUCCGUUUUUCAAUAAGAGCCAGGACUUGGUAAGUCAAAGCUCAAGCACUCGGGGCAUGGGGGCACCCAAAUGUGAGAAUUGUAGGCGAAGGCACUAUGGGAGAUGUCGAGAGCCAUCUAGAUGUUACUUUUGUGGAGAAACAGGCCACAUCAAGGUCCUUUGUCCUCAACGUGCGCGUGAAGGAACAUCAGGAGCUAGAGGAGGGGUCACGGGGGUUGAAAACCCAACUAGGGUUGCCUCAAACAUGGUACCUUCUACAAGUCAAUGGCGAACUCGCUCGUGAAGGCCGGGAAUGGCGGAAGCCAUUUGUUAGGCCCGACGUUGGCACAAGGUUGAAGCUAGAGCUUACUUCCUGCACCCGUUGCUCGGGAGAUCGAUGGAGAGAAGACGUGGUUCGUGCUUCCUCCGGUUCUAUUUCUAAAUAAUUAAAUAAUGCUCAUGGAACUAUUUUGACUUAUAAAUUAAUGGAGCCUGCGAGCUCUUGUUUUACCCUUGUGUGGGUUCUUAUUAAACACUUAUAUUCCGCUAUGUGUUUGAUUGUAUGUUGAUGUUGUUAUGUAUGUUUAC